AUGGCGACCACGGCAGCCAGUACCGGGCCUUCGCGAUGGCAGUAUUUGGACAAGAUACGUCGGAAUCCAGGUCCCUUCAACCAGGACUCCGACGUUGGUGACGAGGCCCUGGCCGCCCAGGACAAGGCCAAGAUACUGGUCAUCGGCGCUGGUGGCCUAGGCUGUGAGAUCCUCAAGGAUCUGGCCCUCUCCAGGUUCAAAGACAUUCAUGUCAUUGAUAUGGAUACCAUUGACAUUUCGAACCUCAACCGACAGUUCCUCUUCCGACAAGACGAUGUGGGAAAGUUCAAGGCCGAAGUCGCCGCGGCCUUCGUCGAAAAGCGAGUCAAAGGUACCAAGAUCACCGCACAUAACGGCCGGAUACAAGACUUCAACGAGGAUUUCUACAUGCAAUUCCAGAUUGUCGUUUGCGGUCUCGACAGCAUCGAAGCACGGCGAUGGAUCAAUGCCAUGUUGGUCAACAUGGUGGACAUGGAGGACCAAGACUCCUUGAAGCCUCUGAUUGACGGAGGUACCGAAGGUUUCAAGGGACAGACCCGUGUCAUCUUUCCCACCUUGACACCAUGCAUUGAGUGUCAACUAGAUCUCUACACUCCGAGAGCCGCGGUACCUCUCUGUACUCUGGCGACCAUUCCGCGACAACCAGAGCACUGCAUAGAAUGGGCCCAUAUCAUCGCAUGGGAAGAGCAGAAACCAUUCCCGAACCUGGACAAAGACGACCCGGAGCACAUCACCUGGCUAUACCAGAAGGCCUCUGCGCGGGCGCAGGAGUUUGGAAUAUCUGGGGUGACCUACUCACUCACACAAGGCGUGGUCAAGAACAUCAUCCCCGCUAUUGCCUCAACCAAUGCUAUCAUCGCCGCAAGUUGUUGCAAUGAGGCUCUGAAAAUCGCCACAACUGCCGCCCCAGCUCUUGGUUUCGAAGAGAGUUACAUGAUGUACUCUGGCGAUGACAGCAUCUACACCUCCACAUUCAAGUACGACAAGAAACCCGACUGCACCGUGUGUGGGGAGGUCGCCAAGCCCUUGCAGGUAGACCCCAAGAUGACUCUGAAAGAACUUCUAGAUUCUUUUGCACUAAAGGCAGAUUUGCAACUAAAGAAGCCGUCAAUUCGAGCAGAGGGCAAGACACUCUACAUGCAAUUCCCUCCAAGUAUUGAGGAGCAGACACGACCAAACUUGGAGAAGACAUUACAACAAGACCUGGGACUGGAUGUCGGCCAUGAAGUGGUUGUGACCGAUCCUGCUUUCCCUACACUGACUUUUAGAUUCAUCUUGAGCUUUGUUUGA